AUGCACUUCGCUUUACCCCCGCGAAAGACAUCCCAUCCGCCUCCGUACGCUCGCGGAACCGCCUCUGGUACGGUACCUUACAAACGCCGCAAGCAGCUUCAAGUGAUCAGUUACGCUAUACUCGGGGUCUUGACAUUCUACCUCUUCUUGAGGUUAAUUCUAUAUGCGAUCUCGACUGGAGAUGCGGAAGAUGGCGCAAGUUCAAUUGAAGGACACCAGGACAUUGUGUUGGUCACGGUGUUCGACAACCAGACAAUGAGCGAGGAUUAUAUCAAGAUAGUGAAGGCAAACCGGGAUGACUACGCUGCUAGACAUGGAUACAAGAACUUCUAUACCAACACCAGCACAUACUUCGAUCUCGUUCACCCAUCUCCGAUUUCGUGGGCGAUGGUGCCAGCUCUUCGACAUGCAUUGACAGAGCACUCAUCAAGCACUUUCUUUUGGUUCUUGACUGCCGACGCACUCAUAACCAACCCUGCCGUGUCGCUAGAAACACACAUACUCGGACCAUUGGAGUCCCUCAUGCUGAAGGACGUACCGGUUGUUCCGCCGGACUCCGUCAUCCACACAUUCUCCCAUCUGAAGCCAUCUCGCACACACCUCGUCAUGUCGCAGGAUGCCGAUAAUCUCGCGCAUACCUCAUUCAUCCUGCGGAACACCCCGUUCACGCCUACUACGACCGAUAACUGGGCUCACUAUUUCUUGGAUGCGUGGUUCGACCCGCUGUACCGUGCCUAUCUAUUUCAAAAAGCAGAAAAUCAUGCCCUUGAGCACUUGGUCCAAUGGCAUCCUACGAUCCUGGCCAAACUGGUGUUGAUAGAGCAACGACUCUUCAACUCGUACAACUUUGCCAGCCCCCCUGUUAGAGACCAGGUGACGGGGAAGACGCAGAGCCACGACAGCAUGUGGCAAGAGGGUGAUUUGGUGGUGAACUUUAAGGGUUGCAGGGAGAGCGAGAAACGUGACUGCGAGGCAGAGAUGCGGCAUUAUUUUUCCCUGUGGGAGAAGGAGGUUGAACGACUCGAUGGUGAAAGACCAGAGCACCAGGUUGGACCACCCAAACCAAAACCUCAGCAGGUAAAGGUCAACAAGGGCAAGCAGAUGGAGGCCAACAACUAG